UUGCGCCAAAUUAAUUUGUCUUUCGUUCACACUAGUGACAUGUCCACUUCACAAAGAAUUCAACAGUUGAUCGCUUCAGCUUUUGUAGUAGUUUUUUCAAAGUCCUAUUGUCCUUUCUGUGAUAGAGUGAAGCGUAUUUUUCGGACUUUAGGAGUAUCUUUCAAAGUAAUUGAAUUGGAUCAGGAAAAGGACGGUGCAGCUAUGCAGACUGCUCUAUAUGAAUUGACAAGACAGAGAACAGUUCCAAAUGUCUUCAUUGAUGGACAACACGUGGGUGGCUGUGAUCAGGUAAUGGAACUAGAAAGAAAGGGAGCUUUGAAAAAGUUACUGGAGCCUGCAUUAACAGUUUAAAUAAAAGUCUCGCGCUAAACUAUGGUUUUAUUAAAAGAGCCAAAGCUGUG